UACAGCGCCGCUGCACCAGCUGCAAGGACACGGCGGCACGAGGAGGAGAAGGGAGGGGAUGAUAAAAAAUGCGGUGUCCUCGCUGAUGGUGCGCCUCCUCCACCUACCCCAACUUCCCACCUACCGCCCCCUCCUCCUCCCUCGCCCCCCGCGGCUGCGAGUGGCCGCGUCGGCCUCCUCCCCCCUCGCCGCCAUGUCCACGGCGGCGCAGCUGGCGGUCGCGGACCGGAAGCGCGCGGUGCGGUCCGACGUGCGCAGGGCGCUCAAGGCCCUCUCCCCCGACCAGCGGGCCAGCGAAGACCUGGCUAUUCAAAGCAAUAUUAUGAACUCUUCCUGGUUCAAAGCGAGCAAAAGGCUGUGCGCCUACAUAAGCUGCGCGCAAUUACGAGAAGUUGACACAACAAAAAUACUAGCUGAGGUUCUAUCCCCAAACUCUGAACACGAUGGGCAGGCAAAGGAUAUCUAUGUUCCUCGGGUGGAAGAUAAAAACCGCAAUAUGAGGAUGUUCAAAAUCACGACCAUGGAUGAUCUAAUUAAAAAUUCAAUGAACAUUCUGGAACCGUCGCCACUGGAUGCCAGUGGGAAUGCUCGUGAAGAAGUGUUGUCAGCCUCAUCCCCUGUUGAUCUUCUUCUGUUACCUGGACUAGCUUUUGACAGAACUGGUCGAAGACUAGGACGUGGUGGAGGGUACGACUUGCCAGCUAAAAACUGA